AUGGCAGGGUUGUUAGCCCUGCGCAUAACCCCCAACCUGGAGGACCAGACUACCACAACAACUCAAGGUCAUGGUAGGGCCCUGAAAAUUAAUAAUCAAAGUUAUUAUCAUAAUGUGCCAUAUAUCCAUAGAUAUGGACCAAAGGCAUCGAGCAUUAAUAUUAGUAGUCAAUAUCAGGCUGAACAUUCACCAAACUAUGGACCGGGUACUUUCAGAAGUGAACAAUAUCACAAAGGAUAUUCGACACAACAAAAUUAUGGACCAGGGGCAUUCAGCAGUGGACAAAAUCGUUGCAACAAAUUUAUUUGCUAA